UUAUUGACUGGAUGCAGAAUAUAACAAAUGAUGUACAAAGACCGGGCCACCUUGUUUAACGUAACAAAGUCUUAUGAGGGGAGAGAAAUGGUUGGAAUAAAGAUUAGUACACAGCCACAGAAUGCGGACAGACCAGCGUUCUGGAUUGAAGGAGGUAUUCAUGCACGUGAGUGGAUCUCCCCAGCUACAGUUAUUUACAUGGCUGGACAGAUGCUUGAUAGGUACAAGAUUGAUACGGAUGUAACAGAAAUGGUAGACAGUUUUGAUUGGUAUAUACUUCCGGUUACCAACCCAGACGGGUACGAGUACACGUUUGUUGAUGAUAGGACACGCAUGUGGAGAAAGACUAGAUCAAAGCAAGGUAUCUGCCGUGGUGUUGACCCAAACAGGAACUGGGAUCUGGAGUGGUGUAAGGAAGGUGCAAGUAAAGAUCCCUGUUCAGACACAUACUGUGGACCAAAAGCUUUCUCUGAAGUUGAAGUAAAGGGGGUUGCUGACUUUCUCAGUAAAAUCGAAAAUCUGAAAGGAUUCAUAGAUUUCCAUAGUUACUCCCAGCUAUGGAUGUCGCCAUGGGGUUAUACCAAGAAGCGCCCAGAGGACUUCAAACUACAAGAUGAAGGUUCUGCUAUGGCUGUUGAUGCACUGGAAAAGGUUUAUGGUACAAAAUAUGAACAUGGUACCAUUGCUGAUAUUAUAUACGUAGCAAGUGGCAGCAGUGCAGAUUGGGUAUAUGGGAAACUAGGAGCAAAAUUUGCCUACGGUGUUGAGCUUAGAGAUACGGGGAAAUAUGGCUUCUUACUUCCAGAUGACCAAAUUAUACCAAGUGGAAAAGAGACAUUACAGGCACUGAUAGCACUUGCUAAAUAUGUACUCAAUAAUUAAAACCAUUCAUGUACCAAUUAAUAUGUGCAAUAAUAUAUAUAUUACAGUCCAUUUCAAUGUUGUAUCUUUUAAAUAGAACUUAUAUUUAUAUUGUUUUUGUGUGUAUUAUUAUUUUGAUGUAUAUUAUAUGCAUACAUAAAAAAGAAUAUUUUGUUUUCAAUGAUACAUUAUCAUGAGAUAAAUAGACAAUAAAGUAU